AUGGACUCCAAAAUUAGGAGUUGCGCAAUUGUGACUGGGGCAAACAAAGGAAUAGGAUUUGAGAUAUGCAAGCAAUUGGGUGCAUCUGGUAUCACUGUUGUGCUGACGGCUAGAGACGAGAAAAGAGGACUUGAAGCUCUCGAGAAACUUAAAGAGUCUGCCAAUGACAAAGUCAUUGAUGUCAUCUUCCAUCGGCUUGAUGUGGCCGACCCAUCUACCAUUACUCCUCUAGUUGAUUUUGUCAAGGCCAAAUUUGGGAAGCUUGAUAUCUUGAUCAAUAAUGCUGCUAUUGCUGGAGCUAGGGUUAAUUGGGAUUAUCUGAAACAUUUUAUUCUUAAGCCCGGAUGGAUGACACAAGCCAAACCUACUGACGAAACGUCCGUGACAUAUGAAAUGGCGGAAGAAUGUCUACAAGUGAAUUAUUACGGCACAAAAAGAAUGGUUGAAGCAUUUGUUCCCCUACUCCAACUCUCUGAUUCCCCAAGGAUUAAUAUCCCUAAUAAAUGGGCCAAACAAGUGUUAAACGAUGCAGACAACCUCACAGAAGAAAGAAUAGACGAAGUAAUAAAUGAAUUUCUUAAGGAUUUCAAAGAAGAAAACUUGGAAAGUAAAGGAUGGCCCAAAAUUAUCAAGGCUUAUAUUGUAUCGAAAGCAGUUAUGGGUGCAUACACUAGAGUUUUGGCAAAAAGGUUUCCACACAUUCUUGUGAAUUGUGCAUGUCCUGGUUAUGUUAAGACCGACAUCACCAGCCACACCGGAUUAUUAACCGCGGAGGAAGGAGCCGAAAGCCUAGUUAGGCUCGCUUUGCUACCUAAUGAUGGUCCUUCUGGAAUGUUCUUUCAACGAACUGAAGUCUCGUCGUAUGAUGAAAUUGAAUUGAAUUAA